UAUCUUUUCUAUUUUUUAAUAAUUAUAUUUUAAGCAUUAUGUAGCUUUCAUCUAAAAGAUCUUGUAGUUAAGGAUUUGAUGUAUUUUUAAAAUGUAUCCAUCGAAAUUAUGCUAUCGGGGCAAUGUGCAGCAAAAAUAAAAUGAGGGGUAAAGUGCGAAAAUAAACAAUUUACAGGGGAUGUGCAAUUUACACAACACUUAUAUUCGCAGCUGAAUUUAUCUUCAACAAAAUCUGUGAGGAUGAGGGGUUCUGAAAUUGCUCUUGUUUGUAGAGCAAUUACUUCUAAUUGUUCUCAUGAAUACUCAUACGCUACUUUUACUUCUUCUUUCUCUUUCUUCUCUUCAAAUUUCCACACAAGUAGGCUAUUUUCAACUGUGCCCGUAACAGAUUUGAAUCGUAUAAAUAAAUUAGAUGAUACUGUUUUCUUGAUUCGUAAAAUGAUGAGGAUGCGGCCACAUCCUUCUGUCUUUGAAUUCAACAAACUUUUGCAAGUUAUUGCCAAGAUGAAGCAAUAUCCGGUCGCCCUUAAACUGUUCGACGAAAUGCGUCAACGGGCUGCCCCUGUAGAUCAGUAUACAAUGAACAUCUUGAUUAAUUGUUGUUGCCUUUUGAAACGUGUAGACGUUGGUUUUGCUAUCUUCGGCUAUUUCUUUAAACACGGUUACGAGGCAAAUGUUACGACAUUCACCACCCUCUUAAAAGGUCUCUUUUUAGAUGGUAAUGUGGCCGAGGCAGAGAAAUUGUUCAAGAAGGUUUUGACUUUGAAUCUUUGUGAGCCAAACGAUGUUACGACUCUUACUGCGAUUGACGGGCUCUGCAAAGCUGGACGUGUUCAUACUGCCCGUGAUUUGCUUUUAUUAUUGGAAAGGACUAUCUAUAAACCCAAUGUUAAGGCGUAUAGUGCGGUAAUUGAUUGUUUAUGCAAGUGCCGAAUGGUGGAUAAUGCACUCGAGCUCAAGUCUAGAAUGAUUGAAAAGGGCAUUUCACCUGACCUUGUCACAUAUAACUCGAUGAUUCAGGGCUUGUGCGAUUUUGGUAGAUGGAAAGAGGUGAAGGAUUUAUUAAAUGAAAUGGUGAAUCACAAGAUUUCGGUAGAUGUUGUUACUUUUAGUAUAUUGGUGGACGCAUUUUGCAAGGAAGGAAGCAUUAAAGAGGCUGAAGAUAUUUUGGAAGUUAUGAAGCAACAAAACAUUUGUCCCGAUAUUGUCACCUACACUGCACUGAUAGAUGGAUAUUGUUUGCAAGGGAAAAUGGAUAGAGCGAAAGAAGUGUUUGAUUCCAUAACAGGCAACGGCCUUAAGCCAUGCAUUGUCACCUAUAACUCUUUAAUCAACGGAUACUGCAAGAAGGGUAAAGUGGAUGAAGCUUGGCGUCUUUUUCUCGAAGUUUCUUCGAAAGGCUUAGAACACACGACAGUUACUUAUACCACCAUGAUACAUGGAUUAUUUAGUGAAGGCAGAUUUGCAGAUGGAUGGAAACUAUUCAACGAUAUGGAAGCUCGGCACGUACGUCCAAAUUUACAUACUUGCAAUAUUUUGUUGGAUAGUUUGUGCAAAACUCAUCAGAUUGCCGAAGCAUUUUCGUUUCUACGGGUGAUGGAAAAUAAAAGUUUAAAUCCUAAUAUAUUCACAUACGGUAUCCUGAUUAAUGGUUUGUGCAAAGAUGGGAAACUUGACGAAGCAAAAAUGAUUUUAAACGAACUUCCUUCCAAAGGAUUGAAACCUAAUAUUAAAAUAUACACCGUUAUUCUCGGUUCACUUUGCCGAAAAGGGUGUGUAGACGAGGCAAAAGAUUUGAUUGUGAAAAUGGAGAGAAGUGGUUGUGCACCGGAUAGUGUGAUGUACAACAGCAUAAUCCAGGGUUUGCUAAAGAAGAAAGAGGUUUACAAGGCAAUCCCGUUCUUAGAGGACAUGCACAAAAGGGGAUUCUAUGCCGACGCGUCUACUUCAUCCUUGUUAAUUAAUCACAUGCAAGGAUCUAACAAAGACGAUAUUCUACUGGAGAUGAUGAAGAAAGUUGUACCGAAAAUCUAAAUUAAUUAUUUGGGCUUCUGAAAUUUUUGCAGAUACAACAUCUGUAUAUGUACUUUUGACUUGUGAUUUUUACGGUUGUCGCAAUCCUUA